AUGAAGACAGCGAUACAAUUGGCAGUAGUUGCGGCACUCGCCGGAGCGACACCGCUCAAGCAAUUCGAGACACACAACGCACUCAACCAGCGCGCAACCGCAAUCAGCGCAGCCGGAAGUCACACAUCGGAUAGUACACCAUGGCCCACUGAGGAUGGGUACGAGAACCCCGCGUACGCACUUGAUCAAGGACACCGCGGCGCAACACCAACGGGGGUCGAGCCAGCAGCGAUACAGACGGCGCCAGUAGGCAGCUAUCCUUACGUCAAGCAACCAGCUUCAGGGGUGUACAAACCGCGUGCGCGUGACGCUGCCUCAGCAGCAGAGUUCGAUGUAACGGGACACUGGGGAGUGCUCACACCGUAUCGAUCCGCACCGGCAAUUCUCGACUCCUCCCCGCUCCCUCCACCCGGGUGCAGUGUCGAUGGGAUAAACGUCGUGCACCGCCACGGAUCGCGCUACCCUACGCCUUCAGCGAAUCCGGCGAAAUUCGCAGAGAAGCUGUCCAAGGCGGUUGCCGACUCGAACAACACUGUUGAGUUCACAGGCGAAAUUGAGUUCAUGGCGGAAUGGACGUACAAGCUCGGCAGUGCGAUACUGACCCCGAUCGGCCGCACAGAGGAGAGUGACAGCGGUUCGAGCUUCCGCACCAACUACGGCUAUCUGCUGAACGGGUUCACGGAGCACAAGCCAGUUUUCCGCACGACAACGCAAUCACGCAUGCUACACAGUGCCGAAGAGUUCCUCAGCGGGUUCUUCGGCGUGGAUGAGUGGGAAACGAAUGCGCAUCUGGUGCAGAUCAUCGAGGACAGCGGUGGAUUCAACAACACUCUCACACCCUACCAGACAUGCGAGAACGGGGGUGUGAGCUCGCAGGGUAGUGCGCGGGCCCAGCAGUGGUACUACCGCUACCUCCAGCCCGCCCAAGCACGUUUAAAUGCCCAAACUACAAAUUUUCACUUGACGCUCGAUGAUGUGUAUGCACUGCAGGAUACUUGCGCGUACGAGACUGUGGCAUUGGGCUACUCGCAGUUCUGCCACCUCUUCACGCGCGCUGAAUGGGAAGGGUACGAGUAUGCGGCGGAUCUCACCCAUUACGGCAACGACUCCUUCGGUAGCCCGCUCGCACGCGCGCGGGGGCUCGGCUGGGUGCAGGAGCUCCUCUACCGCCUGACGGGCGAUAGAGAGGCACUGGCAAAGCCGUCGACCAUCAACUCUACCCUCGACGCUAACCCAGAAACGCUGCCACUGCAGCCUAUCAAUAUCGAUUUCAGCCACGAUGUCGUCCUCGCUAACAUCCUCACGGCACUUAACCUCACCCACCUCGAUACUCCUCUGGGCACGCACCAUGUGGCGGAGUACUCCAAGGAUAACUUGCGCUGGGUCACCUCCCACCUCAUUCCGUUCGCAUCCAACAUCGUCGUCCAAUCACUCAGCUGCUACGACACGCCGUUUAAUAGAAUCGUCGUCAAUGACGCUGUUCACCCCCUCAAUGGCAUCGAGGGCUGCGAGGAGAACGAGCACGGCUUGUGCGCGAGAGAGCAGUUCGUUGGGGGCUUGUGGAAGAUAGUCGACGAGAUCGACUACGCCGAAGCGUGCAACGGCGAUGUGGCUGAUGAGCUGGUCAGUCAUGGCGUGCCCGAACACGAUUAUGGCAAGGACAAGAACAAGGAGCAAAGUGCAGUGCAUGAGUAA